GGUACCAUUCUCAUCGUAUUUGUUGGAUCUCAUUCUUCCACAACAGUUCAGUGUUUGCUUCAUCAUUCUUUAAUACUCUUGCUUACCUUCUCCGCAUACCACAAUACUUCGCUUCUUUUUUCUUACUUUAUUUUAAUUUUAAUUUUAUGUGGCUCCCAUAUACGUACUUUCUACCUAGAAAGCUCCGUACAUAUUCGGACACUAAACCAUAUAGUCUCACUACAUUACAUAUUAUAUUACAUUUACAUACAUAUCAGUCGUUCUCCUCUUUACAACGUCCUAACCAAUCUUCUCUUCACAAAAGAAGAAACAAGAAGAAGGAAGAUGCUUCCUUUUCGGAGAUUCUAUGGGUUCGAGAGCUGGCUGGAUCACGAGAGCUCGUUGAUCAAGGCAACGGAAUUGGACGGUGGAAGAUCAAAGACGGAGAGGAAAUCAACGGAAGCAUGCAAGAGUCAUAGGGAAGCUGAGAGGAGACGCAGGCAGCGAAUCAACGCCCACCUCUCCACUCUACGCUCUCUUCUCCCUAAUUCCGCUAAGUCGGAUAAGGCGUCGUUGCUGGCGGAAGUGGUUCAACACGUGAAACGGCUGAGGAUUCAGGCCGAUGACGUGGCGCGAUGUCACGAGGGAGAUUCGUCGUCAUCCUGCAGCAGCGGCGGCGGCGGCGGCGGCGGGAGAGAAAGCGAUUCGGUUCGUUCUGUGGCGGAUGCCGAGCCUUGGCCGUUUCCCGGGGAGUCUGAUGAGGCGACGCUGAGCUAUUGCGACGGUGAUGAUGGGGAACCGAGGCGGAUGAAAGCGACGGUGUGCUGCGAGGACCGGCCCGGUCUGAACCGGGACCUAACUCAGGCAAUCCGGUCGGUUCGGGCCAAGGCGGUUCGCGCGGAGAUGAUGACGGUUGGGGGCCGAACCAAGAGUGUUGUGGUGAUACAGUGGCCUGAUGGUGGUGGUGGUAAUGCAAGAAAGGAAGAAGAAGUUGGAGCGCUGGAACGGGCUUUGAAGGCUGUCAUAGAUAAUCGGGCUUUGGUGGGCUCUGGGAUGGGCCCAGUGGUUUUGGGCCAGAAACGGGCUCGGGACAGUUAUGAUUCGCCUACUAGUGAGGUUGACUGUGCCUUCGUGUCGAGGAAUGUCGACUAAUUCUAACACGAAACACAUAAUUAAGUUUUUUUUUUUUUUUUUAGUUGCAAGAAAUAUGCAGUAGUUAGGGUUUUGGAUCAGAAAACAUGGCGACAUGGAGAACCCCAUCUUUAGCUGUAGGUCAGUAGAUGUUUCUUCAGUCGAUACUAGCUUGCUAAUAAUGUUCGCAGCGUAUGGCUUGUUAAUUUUUC